AUGGAGUCAUUCCGGAGGCAUACCAGCAGCAAACAACAAGGUCACUCACCAGCUGAAGAAGAUGUGGUGCCGGAUUAUGAGGGGAGUUUUGAUGGUGUGGCGGAAUCCCUGAUUGAUGCUCCAUGGAGGGAACAGCAGCCUUAUGUUGAAGAGGUGGAAGACGAACACGAUGUGUGGAUGCGUUAUAUUCAGUCAUACCCAGGUCAAGUUGCAAAGACACUGGGCGAAGCUGAGAACAUGUUCCGCACCAUCAGAGCUGAACAAGAGGCUCUGGGGCUAGAUCCGUGGGCGCCCUUUGCAAAUGAGGAGGAAUGGCAUUUGGUGAAAUGGUUGAUUGCGAGGGUGGGUCAGACGGCCAUUGAUGAGUUCUUGAAACUACCCAUUGCUAGCCAUAUGAACACUUCGUUUACUAGCAAAUAUACCUUAAUGAAAGCCAUGGAUCGGCUUCCACAAGGGACCAAAUGGAAGUUGAAGAAAAUCACUGUCGAGGGGAAUGUGGUCACCAAUGGUGGUCAGCAUGAAAAGGAGGAGCUUGAACUGUGGUUACGGGACCCUGUAGACUGCAUUAGAGAGCUGAUGGGUAACCCACAAUUCAAAAACAUGGUAUCAUACGCACCAGAGAGAGUUUUUGCAGACGAGGAAGGCAAGACACGAUGGUUUGAUGAGAUGUGGACUGGUGAUUGGUGGUGGGAGAUGCAGGGAAGGUUGCCAGAAGGUGCUGUGGUUGCACCAGUGAUCCUCGCCUCAGAUAAAACAUCGCUGUCGCAGUUUUGCGGCGAUCAGGAAGUAUGGCCUGUCUACCUGACACUUGGAAACAUCUCCAAAGAGAUCUGA